GACCCGUUUAUAAUUUAUAUUUCUACGUUGAUUAUAUUAUUUAUAUAUUAAAAAAUUGUGUUAAAUAUGUCGAAAGUAACGAAAAGGAAGCAUGUAAUGAAUGAAGCUUUGUGGGACGAUUAUGAGUUGCCGAAAGCAAAUCAAAGUAUUGUCAAAGUUUUGAAAAGUAGAGGAAACAAUCUUCAUGAGGUCACUACUCCUGCCGGUGAAGAAUAUUUAGUAUCAAUGCCUACUAAGUUUCGAAAAAAUAUAUGGGUAAAACGUGGAAGCUACAUCCUAGUCGAACCAAUAACAGAGGGAGACAAAGUAAAAGCGGAAAUAGUAAAAAUUAUGAAGAAGGACUCUAUAAAAUAUUACAAAGAAAACAAUUUGUGGCCUAAAGCAUUUGAUGACAAUAGAAAACAAGAUGAAGCACUUAACUCUAGUGACUCUAGUGACUCUAGUGAUGAUAGUGAUAGCAAUAGUGAGAUAGAAAAUAGUAGCAAAUAAAUAAAUAUACACUA